ACAGAUAGCCGAGGAGCGCCUCCGCGUCCGGCUUGCGACGCCGCGGCACCGCUUCGGCCUCAUCCUCGUCCUCGUCUUCGCAGUGGCCGCCGUAGACGUCGCUCGGAGCUCGCCAGCAGGGAGCAGACCAGCCGGGGCCAACGAGAUGAGAAGGGCGUAGGACGACAAGAUGGAGCGGCCGCAGGAGAGGAGGGAGCCGGACGACGACGCCGGACUCAAGGAGAAAGAAAAGCCCCUUGUCAAGGACCUUAACCAGCACAUCGUCUGCCCGCUUUGCCAAGGAUAUCUCAUAGACGCGACUACGCUCGUCGAGUGCCUGCAUUCCUUUUGCCGUGGCUGCAUAAUUCAGCGGCUGAACGCCGGCCCGAGAGCCUGUCCAGUGUGCAAAACCGCAGCGGUCGCGCCCCUCGCGGCCGACCUCGGGCUCCAGCGACUCGUCUACUUGGUCGUGCCGGGGCUGUUCAGGUCCGAGCAGGAGCGGCGCCGACACUUCCACCAGGCUAAUCCACAAUGCCCGGGCCUCGGGCUGCCGCCCCUCGGCGCCCCGGACCUCGGCUUCGACGACCUCGUUAGUCUCAGUUUGUGCGAGCUCGGGGCCAAGAGCGCGGCGAGCACACGCUAUCUCAAAUGCCCUGCGGGUGUCACCGUACGCCACCUCCUCAGGCUGUUGAUGCUCAAACGGGGAUGGGACGACAACGAGGGAGAGGGUCGUCAACAAGGUCACGGCAAGAUCGAGAUGAUGUACGACGUUGGGCCCGCCGAGACCAAGGAAGAUCACGAGGUGCUCGACCCAUCCUGGACCCUCAUGGACCUCGCCUGCAUUUUCGACUGGGAGAGGGAAGCUCCGAUGAAGCUUGUAUAUCGUAUUACCAGAACGGACGAAUUCACGGCCAACAAGACAGCGAGUGAGGAGGACAUUAACAGUAGCGUCGACAAUGCCAGCACUGCCGGCGCGAUUACCGACGCCGAGAGCAGCAGUCCUCAAGCUAUUGAGAAUAUCCCAAGACCACCGACACCUCCCCCAAGUCCUAAGCCAGCCUUGAUUUCGCGCUCCGACGUUCUUGACAAAAAUGCGCGUCCACUUCCUGCGUUAGUGCCGCCGCCGCCACAACCACCGCCGCCACCGCCAUCAACGACGACGACGAUGACGACAACGACAACGACGAGUACCGUGGCCGAUCAGUACCCGAGCUCGAAGGAUCUCGAGCCGAAGAAGCCACGGUGCGAGGUUACGCCGGUGAUGCGGGCCCCGGAUCCACCGGCAAUCAGCGAAUCGCACACCAAGCCGCGAAAGCUACCGAAACUCGAGCACCAACAUAAGCGCAAGAAGCGCCGUAACAAGCGCGUCAUCGCCGAGAUAACAACAACCCCACGCGAAGACUUACUUAAACUGAAGGUUCGUCUAACCCCGUGUCCACCGCGAGUAACCCAGAGUAGCGUCGGCGGUAGCCAGUCGAAGGACAAGCUGCUGCAGAUGAGAGCUGUGCGAAAGGAAAAGACGAAAGGCAGCGGCUCGCAGAAACAGCGAUCUGGUAGAGAGCGCAAGUCGAGCCCUGCGAGGGAAGAGGAGAAGCAGGCGCCGACCGAGGAGAUGAUCGCGAACAAGCAUGAGCCAGUGGCCGUCGUCGAAGUAGUCAACAUAGCCGAAGUCUUCCCGCCUCCAAUCGCGAACGCGAAGAGUAGCGAGCAGCCGGAGCCCGAGGAGCCACCCAAGAACGAGGAUGUGCUCCGUAAGCUGGGACUGGUCGCCAUAAGCGAGGCCAACAAGACUCGUCAAGAGAGGUCAAAGAGUCCGGCGCAGACGGCUGCGGAGAAGGCCGAUCCGGCGGUGGAGCGCGAAAAAUUAGAGAAACAAUUGCGCGAGAGCAAGGCCAAUCGCGUGCGUAGUCUACUGGCGGAGAAGCAGAUGCGCGACACCCUCAAGAGCAUAAUGUCGAACUCGAAGGAAGUGUCGCUGACAAGUGCCUCGGUGCCCUCGUCCUCCUCGUCCCCACGCAGUGGCACCCCGACGACGAGCGGCGCCAAAAGGAAAGAACCACCGCCGCUGACGCCUCUGAGGAACGUCAAACGACCGAACGUCACGUUCGCGCUGAGCUCCUUCUCAACAGGUAAAUACGAGUCGCCUCUUGACCUCAGCAGUCCAUCUCAUGCCUCCAAGGACAACGUACUCGAUCUCUCGUCCGGUGUGGGUCUCGGCAAAAAUCAGGAAAAGCCCGUGGGCAUCCUCAGGACCAGCAGGACGUCCGCGGACAAGCCCAAGGAGGAGACCAAGAAGAGUCAGGAUUCGAAUUUGAGAACACUCUCGGACGCCGCGGUCUCGCUGUUGGGCGAUCGGAGUGCUACUCACAUGGAGAAGCUGGCCAAGUUACCGCAAAGCUACUCGAGUGCCUCGGCUGGAUCAAAUAUCGCUGGGAAAGUCGCUCUGAAUACCCCAACCCCAUCAAAGAAUCACGGGCUUUGGAAUGAAAAUCAAACCCAAUAUUGGCGUGAGGCACAUACCAAAUCCUCAGGCAGUCGUCGCUUCCCAGUAUCGAAAUCAAAGGACCGAAUACUUCAAUAUUGCCCACCAACCUCCAUAAGUAUAAAUUUUACUUAA